CCUGGAGGAGCUGAUCGGCGUGCUGUUCCAACCAGCCGGCCGACGUGCUCCCGCUGCCGCCACAUUCUUUGACCCCCUCAAUAUGGCCCCAGCAAUCGCCGCAUUCCGUCCCGCCGCCCUGUUCAUCCACGACGCCGCCGACGAGGAGGAGGACAACACCCAGUCGGACACGGACAACAAAUUGGCCGAUCCGCGAGAUGCUCGCCCCACUCCACCAGCAGCACCACCAUCGUGUCGGCGGCGGAGCUGGAGGACGAGCCGCCAAGCCAUCCUGUGCCUCUCGAUGCGCACUGACCCCUACAGCAAGCUGAUGGGAAGUGCCCACCAGAUGGGCGACCCGUUUGCCAUCGGCGCCUCGGAGUCGCGCGAGCGUGAGCGGCGUGAAGCGAUGGGCGGUGGUGCGACGUCCGCUCUUGGUGCAGACCCCGCAUCGGAUGCCGGCGACAUUGACUACGAGAUGGGCGGCCCUGUCCUGCCGGAUAAACCCGCCGCGCACCGGCCCCGGCAACUGCGGCAACCCGUUCGGCGACAACCCUGGAAACGGGCCGAAGAGCGCUACAAGAAACGGAAUGGACCCGGCGGGGAGGCGGACUUGGCGGCGGCGGCGGACCGUGGCAGCACCAGAAUGGCUGAGGAGGCGGAGGCGGACACCCCAACAACAGCACCAACAGCAGCAGCAGAUAAUGAUGAUGGGCGGUGGAGGGAGGAGGACCGCCGAAGGGCAUGCGAGGAGGACAUAUGGGCGGAUUCCGCGACCAGCUCCAUCACCACCUCGACGAUGACCACAUGGACAGCUCUUCUAUCUCCCCUUUCUCCAGAUGGCGGCGGCAAGCAGCAGAACGGCGGCGGAGGCGGUGGACCUGGCGCUGGCGCCGGCGGCAUGCACCCGGCAUGGGCUUCCGCAAACCGGUCCCGCAGUGCGUCUUCUGGGAGAACCGCCGUCACCGCCAGGAGACGGGCUGCACGCUGUGGGUUCCGCGCGAGAGCUGCCGCUUCUUCCCGGGCUAAGCUCAUCAGGCGCAAGACUGCGGCUUUGCCCACCCGUUCUGCGGCCCGGUGUGCGUGUGUUGCCCGGCGAGCGCAACCUGCAGAUGAACCACUGACCGAGCACCUGCAGAAGUCGUUCGGCACGCUGCCUCACGAA